AUGGUGGAACAGGCGGACCCCCCCAUGCCCUCAGAUAAGAGGGACCCCUAUAUGGCGGUGCCCUCUCAGACCCAGCAGGACGCCACUGGUAAGCCUUGGAAUAGAAGAGUCCAUUUCUCCUGUGGCAGGGAUGAGAUUUACCGUGUCUGCUUCCAGCUGACCAGCCCAGAACUGUAACAGUGUCAGGAGAGAACAAAUUGCCUUGCCCCGUAGAGAGAUUUAUUAAACAAAGACUCUAAUGUCCCUGAGGAGAUGUAAUAUACAGACCAUUACGCUUAAAAAAAAUACAAUAUUAAGAUUGCAAUGUAUUUAUUUUCACAACAAGAUAGCCCCAGCUUUAUCUUGUGGAGGGACAUGAUAUGGACGGCCCUUUUUGCCGUGUUAACAUCCCCAGCUGGCUCAAGGUCACUUUAACCCCAGACACAUAAAGACAACAAGAGAAAACACAGCUGUGAUUACACUGAUCAAUGCCCUGUACUGUAAUACAGGAUAAACCAUUACAAGUUCCAUUAUAUCAAAUCUAAUGUCUCCCUCGUACAUUACCUAAGUCAUCUUAUUAGAUGACUGGCUGCCAUGAGUAGAUAUUGAUAAUCAAUAAGGAUGAUUAGAGGUUACCGGUGGCCUCGUAGACAUCCACACGCUCGCACGCACACACUCCCACACACACACUUACACACUCACACACACACCAACGAGGAGUGCAGCUCUGUGUGUGUGUGUGUGUUAGGGUGAGGUCAUCAUAUCUCUCUCUGCGGCGUGGCAGUGUGUGAGGUCUCCUGGGUGGUGCUCUAGGGAUGCGUCCCAAUUCUCCGCCUUUCCCUUCUCCAGAAGUGAGCACUUCCCGUUGUGGAUUUUAAAAGCAUCGGAUUGGUGAAAACAUUGACUGGAAGGAGUUUGUAGCGUUGUUAAAUCUAUGAUAGGAAGUGUCAUGUGGAAGAAGGGCGGAGAACGGGGAUGCAGUCUAGCUGUCGCUCUCCUCUGGGAGCUGGAACCAGACAACUGUAGCCAGACCAGACAGACACAAUGGUGGCAGAGACUACAGCAUGCUUAGACAGCAUCACCGUGGUGUUGCUACCCUCGUUGCUGUUACCUGGGACCUGACUGGCCCCGUCCAUCAUGGCAACCAUCAUGGCAACCCAGUUCACAGCAACAAGGGCUCACAUUCAAACUAAGCUUCUCAAUGUUUUUCUUUUCAACAACAAUUUUGCAGCUUGUCUCAAUAUUAUCAGUUACAUUUCAGCUCUAGUUGCUUUUUUUGUUUAAAGUGAGCUCUGAUAUUGCCUGUUUUGGUUCUGUGAGUGACUGUAUUUGCAUGGCUUGGUUUUCAACUCUUGCUUGACUAUUUAUUUUCCUGCUUUGAAUGUAUUAAGCUCCAUUUUGCCUCCAUGCAGCUUAAAGCGUCCCUGCAUGGCAAAUUGAGCACCACUGUCAGCAGUACUCAUCUCCUUAUGUCCUUAUCCUAGAGGUCUUCAGGGGUCCAAAAAGUUGCAUAAAUCAUUUUUUCAAAAAACGGAGACCCGUUACAAAUGGACCCGAGGACAGUCAGGCGGUGGAAAACAGACACAUACACACCCGUGCUGGUUCGGAUCCGAGAGACCCGUUCAGAUCCAAGAGAGAGAGAAAGAAAUCUCCAACUGGGCACUGCCGGCGCCAUCAAUAAACAAGCCAUAUUGGCCAAAUGAUCCACAGUUACGUACCCUUAAAAACUGCCUAUAACAAAUGACAAGAAACCUAUUCAUUGUGUUUCGAUGUGUAACAUAUUCCAAACUUUAUAGUCUAUUGUUUUAUUGGUUUUUACUUGUCCACCUCUCUGUUCAGCUGUCAGACAUUUGAGUGAUAAAUGCAUCUGGGCAUUGCAUGCAUAUAGACUUAUAGGCCUAGGCGUCCACUGUAUGAUAUUAAUAUUAAAACAAUAUAUAUUAAAGGAGACAAUAUCAAAAUUAAUUAAAGUCAUUGCUUAUAGGGAAAAUAUGAACAGGUUAUUAUAUUGCGGCAUUAAAUUAAAUACGAACAAAGGCGAUUGCCUACCGUAGGGCCUACCCAACAAAUGACAGCAAUAGGCUACCGCUAUUUAUUUUACAACAGGCCUACUUACAACAGAAGUCUUCCAUAAGCACAAAAAUCGUAUUUCUCUCAAAUUGUGUGCACAAAUGUGUUUACAUCCCUGUUAGUGAACCUUUGCCAAGAUAAUCCAUCCACCUGACAGGUGUGGCAUAUCAAGAAGCUGAUUAAACAGCAUGAUCAUUACACAGGUGCACCUUGUGCUGGGACAAUAAAAGGCCACUCUAAAAUGUGCAGUUUUGUAACACAACACAAUGCCACAAAUGUCUCAAGUUUUGAGGGAGCGUGCAAUUGGCAUGCUGACUGCAGGAAUGUCCACCAGAGCUGUUGCCAGAGAAUUGAAUGUUCAUUUCUCUACCAUAAGCCACCUCCAACAUCAUUUUAGAGAAUUUGGCAGUACGUCCAACCGGCCUCACAAUCGCAGACCACGUGUAUGGCUUGCUGAUGUCAACGUUGUGAACAGAGUGACCCAUGGUGGCGGUGGGCUUAUGGUAUAGGCAGACAUAAGCUAAGGACAACGAACACGAUUACAUUUUUAUCGAUGACAAUUUGAAUGCACAGAAAUACCAUGAUGAGAUCCUGAGGCCCAUUUCUUUUAAGGUAUCUGUGACCAACAGAUGCAUAUCUGUAUUCCAGUGGCGGCUGGUGGGAGGAGCUAUAGGAGGAUGGCGGGAAUGGACUAAAUGGAAUGGUAUCAAACAUAUGGAAACCACAAAUUUGACUCUGUUCCAUUAAUUCCCUUCCAGCCAUUACAAUGAGCCCGUCCUCCUAUAACUCCCCCCACCAGCCUCCACUGCUGUAUUCCCAGUCAUGUGAUAUCCAUAGAUUAGGGCCUAAUUAAUUUAUUUAAAUUGCCUGAUUUCCUCAUAUGAACUGUAACUCAGUAAAAUCUUUGAAAUUGUUGCAUGUUGCGUUUAUAUUUUUGUUCAGUAUAAAUAUGGAGCACAACAUUAAAGACAGUUAGAACUUAAUUUAGCCAACGAAAAUGACUCUACAAAAUGAAACAAAACACUUUUUGCAUAGGCUAUUUAAAGAACUGGUUUAGAUGAUUAAAUAAGCCUAUAAUAAUAAUAAUCAUCAUCAUCAUAAUUUACAAUAAUAAUAAUGACUAAACAAUUGAUAAUAAAUUGAUAAUUGCAUCAAACCUCAAUAGCGAGUUGCACACAGUCCAUUUGGCCGCGCCAAUGUUCUUCUCAUCUUUGUCCACUACAAUAUUAAAACUUGUCCCCGAGGACAUUCCCCUUGUCGUCCCCGAGGACAUUCCCCUUGUCGUCCCCGAGGACAUUCCCCUUGUCGUCCCCGAGGACAUUCCCCUUGUCGGCUUCUUUUCACUACACUCUUUCUCCUCUAACUUUAGUUUUACUUCAAUGAAAAAGGACUCCAUCUUCACAAUCAACAGUAGCCUAGGCCAAGGCUCCAGUUUCAGCUGGAUAUAAGCUAUACGUUUUAUUGAGUUGCAAUGGGCUGACACAGAUAACAAGCUCGCACAGUUCUCGUUACACAAACACUAACUUAACAGAGCACAGGUCCAAUCGGGUCCAGUCGGUAAAUAUAUUUUUAUUGCACGUACCCGAGACCCGUGGCAAUUAUAUCAGACCGGUCCCAGAUCUGUGACAAAAGUCAGAAUUUAGGACCAGGACCCGCUCGUGCCCCAGGUCGGAUCUGGGAAUUGAGUGUCUGUUGAAACCGUGAAGACCUCUACCUUAUCCCUCUUUCCCCUGUGGGUGCACUUCUCUACUCAUUCCUAGCUUCAGGUGCAGAAUGUACUGUGAGAACACAACGGGAGAGCUGAGUGCCAAUCUAACACAUUAAGGCUAUUGGUCCUGACAGCCUCUGUCUCUUAGCAGAACCAUAGACAUCAAACCUCCAUCUUAGCCAAAUCAACAUGACUACUGUACAGUCGUGGUCAAAAGUUUUGAGAAUGACACAAGUAUUGGUCUUCACAAAGUUUGCUGCUUCAGUGUUUUUAAAUACUUUAGGAGACGGUCCUGGUGCUUGCUGGACUUUCUUGGGCACCCUGAAGCCUUCUUCACAACAAUUGAACCUCUCUCCUUGAAGUUCUUGAUGAUCCGAUAAAUGGUUGAUUUAGGUGCAAUCUUACUAGCAGCAAUAUCCUUGCCUGUGAAGCCCUUUUUGUGCAAAGCAAUGAUGACAGCACGUGUUUCCUUGCAGGUAACCAUGGUUAACAGAGGAAGAACAAUGAUUUCAAGCACCACCAUCCUUUUAAAGCUUCCAGUCUGUUAUUAUAACUCAAUCAGCAUGACAGAGUGAUAUCCAGCCUUGUCCUCGUCAACACUCUCACCUGUGUUAACGAGAGAAUCACUGUAAUGAUGUCAGCUGGUCCUUUUGUGGCAGGGCUGAAAUGCAGUGGAAAUGUUUUUGGGGGAUUAAGUUCAUUUUCAUGGCAAAGAGGGACUUUGCAAUUAAUUGCAAUUCAUCUGAUCACUCUACAAAACAUCCUGGAGUAUAUGCAAAUUGCCAUCAUAAAAACUGAGGCAGCAGACUUUGUGAAAAUUAAUAUUUGUGUCAUUCUCAAAACUUUUGACCACGACUGUACAUACAGUACAGGGAAAUCUGAAUUCAUCAUCACCAGAAGAUGUUUUGAAAUAAAUGUAGUUGCACUUUAAGCUUUAAAUAUCGAAGACUUAUAACUCCCAGAUCAUCCCUGAUAGCAUUUAAAAUGACAUGAAAUUCCAAUUUCCUGUUUGCAGCUCACUCAUUUUGGGAUCCUUAUCUGUUAAUGAAUAUCACAGUACAAAUAUGUAUUAGUGCAACACAUUGGAAUAAUUACAAUUGUAAAAUAAUGAUUAUCCGCACAGUGGAUAUUUAGUAGCUCCCCAUCUACCAGAUGAGAUCACCACUGUUGCUUGGUGGCCAUGGCUGGCUUUCACAGUACAUUUGAGCACUGUUGUGUCUGGGCUCAUCUAUUUGUGUGAUAUCCCACCUCUCCCCCACGACCCUCCCUCCCUCCCUCCCCCACACCACCGUCUGUUACCAUUGUGAACAGUCUCCCUUCCACAGGACCUUUCAUCUGUCCAGAUGGAAUGUUCCAAGGUUGUACCUUAUGUAGUGCAAAUGAAUGACUAACCAUAUUUAUGGAGCAUCCUACCCCCUACCAACUGGAGUUAUACCUAUCUAUCUGUCCCCUGCCCUGUCUGAGGGAAUGAGUCCCGUGCUCCCCCUCUCUCCCUCCUCCGCCCCCCCACCUGUGGCCAUCUCUGUGUGUCUCUUCAAUUUAUGGGUUCAUUACAAAAGCUAUCCAGACGGAGGGAGGGAGGGAGACGGAGGGAGGGAGGGAGGGAGGGAGGGAGGGAGGGAGGGAGGGAAGGAAGGAAAGGGAGGCUUUCUCUCCCGUUGCUCUGUGGCCUAGGUCGUCUGUUCCACAUAGAGUCACUGUUCUAAUCCCUGAACGGUAUGUGUCCACAACUAACUCUCACUUUAACUCCCUGGCUCAGGUUUGAAUGGCAUCUGUGUUUAUGAAAAUAAAUAAUCUGGUUCUGUACCAUGAAGGGUAGAUGUGUAUAGGACAUAUUAUGGGAACAUAUUUUGUUAUGCUGGAACACCAUUCUCAGUGUGUUUCUUCUAAUGGUUCACUAUUCAUGAAAUGUACGUAAAUCAACAAAUGUGGCUGUUUUUCCCCAGACACUUUUGCUUUUCAAUAUUGCAUGUUUACAUGCGUAUUAUAUGUAUAUUUCAUUUAAUCAUUGUUUCAGACAUAGGCCUUUUUUAUUCAAUUAACAAUAUUAUUCAGUUAACAUGGUACCGUAGCUGACAUUUUCAGGAAUGCACAUGGUGGUGAGUUGCACCCUGGUUGUCAUAGCAAACACUCUACCUUCUGGUUGUCAUAUAGCAAACACUCUACCUUCUGGUUGUCAUAGCAAACACUCUACCUUCUAGUUGUCAUAGCAAACACUACCUUCUGGUUGUCAUAGCAAACACUCUACCUUCUAGUUGUCAUAGCAAACACUACCUUCUGGUUGUCAUAGCAAACACUCUACCUUCAGUGCUGGUAUUUUACACUUGGAAUAGCCAGACAGCUUACCAGUUGCACCUAGAUGGUUAUUUUCAGCUUCAGUUGCCUAGCACCUGUGUGCCAAUGACAGUGGCAUGAUAGGAGCACAACCUCAGAGCGGUGCCAAUUACUGUGCCAAUAUGUCAUUUCAGUUUGAACACUCACCAUUAUCAGGCUGGAAAGUCUGCUAGGUGUCUGAAUAAAGGGAAUAACAGAAAUGAGGUCCUCAACGAUCUGAUUUCCUAUACUGUAAUGUCUGAGUAACACAAUUACUGAGGAAACCUCUGAUUAUAUACCGUGUAAUAUUUAGGUGAACCGAGAGCUACAGUGACAUGUCAUCUCCUAUUGAUUGGAAGUAUCUUUAAUCUAUUUAGACCGUUUAGUAAUAAUGUUUCCAGAGGUGUGAAAAAAUUAUCAGACCUGUUACUUUUACUAUUACGCACUUCCGCCAUUUAUAUCGAGCUUCAAGCCACGGGCUUCCUUCCUCCCCAUUAGCUUGCAUUGUGUUAACCCGCUAGGUCGUCUUCUUCCUCUGCCUCAGAAAACACAUUCCUCUUUAUGUUUUUCAGAGGUGUUCUUACAUUUUAAACCCAAGUCGCUCUAUUUAAUUCAUUUACCGUAAAAUGCACUGCAAUUAAAAUGAGUGAUUUUUGAUUUCCACAGUUUGAUCUGAAUAGAUAUCCACAUGCUUAGCUUGAGAACAAUGUUCUCCAUCUUAAAUAGGUGGGACUGAUAAUUGUAAAACAAAACAAAAAAAUGUACCUCUGACUCAAACAGAGUCCAACAGAACCAUACACUGAGUGUACAAAACCUUAAGAACACCUUCUUAAUAUUGAGUUGCACCCCCUUUUGCCCUCAGAACAGCCUCAAUUCGUCGGGGCAUGGACUCUACAAGGUGUCUUAAGCAUUCCACAGGGAUGCUGGCCCAUGUUGACUUCAAUGCUUCCCACAGUUGUCUCAAGUUGGCUGGAUGUCCUUUGGGUGGUGGGUGGGAAACUGUUGAGCAUGAAAAAUCCAGCAGCGUUGCAGUUCUUCACACACUCAAACCGGUGCGCCUGGCACCUACUACCAUACCCCGUUCAAAGGCACUUAAAUAUUUUGUCUUGCCCAUUCACCCUCUGAAUGACACACAUACACAAUCCAUGUCUCAAUUGUCUCAAUGCUUAAAAAUCUUUCUUUAACCUGUCUCCUCUCCUUCAUCUACACUGAUUUAAGUGGAUUUAACAGGUGACAUCAUUAAGGGAUCAUAGCUUUCACCUGGAUUCACCUGGUCAGUGAUGAGAGGUGUUGGGUUUGCGCCAGACAUAGCGUUUUCCUUGAUGGCCAAAAAGCUCAAUUUUAGUCUCAUCUGACCAGAGUACCUUCUUCCAUAUGUUUGGGGAGUCUCCCACAUGGCUUUUGGCGAACACCAAACGUGUUUGCUUAUUUUUAUCUUUAAGGAAUGGCUUUUUUCUGGCCACUCUUCCGUAAACCCCAGCUCUGUGGAGUGUACGGCUUAAAGUGGUCCUAUGGACAGAUACUCCAAUCUCCGCUGUGGAGCUUUGCAGCUCCUUCAGGGUUAUCUUUGGUCUCUUUGUUGUCUCUCUGAUUAAUGCCCUCCUUGCCUGGUCCGUGAGUUUUGGUGGGCGGCCCUCUCUUGGCAGGUUUGUUGUGGUGCCAUAUUCUUUCCAUUUUUUAAUAAUGGAUUUAAUGGUGCUCCGUGGGAUGUUCAAAGUUUCGGAUAUUUUUUUAUAACCCAACCCUGACCUGUACUUCGCCACAACUUUGUCCCUGACCUGUUUGGAGAGCUCCUUGGUCUUCAUGGUGCCGCUUGCUUGGUGGUGCCCCUUGCUUAGUGGUGUUGCAGACUCUGGGGCCUUUCAGAACCGGUGUAUAUACAUUGAGAUCAUGUGACACUUAGAUUGCACACAGGUGGACUUUAUUUAACUAAUAAUGUGACUUCUGAAGGUAAUUGGUUGCAGCAGAUCUUAUUUAGGGGUUUCAUAGCAAAGGGGGUGAAUACAUAUGCACGCACCACUUUUCCGUUAUUUAUCUUUUAGAAUUUUUUAAAAUAAGUUAUUUUUUAAAUUUCAUUUCACCAAUUUGGACUAUUUUGUGUAUGUCCAUUACAUGAAAUCCAAAUGAAAAUCUAUUUAAAUUUCAGGUUGUAAUGCAACAAAAUAGGAAAAACGGAGGGGGGGGGGGGGGGGGGGGGGGGGGGGUGAAUACUUAUGAUACCCACUGUCGCUGUAUCUAAAUUAUAGUCUGCCUCUUCUUCUCAGUUGAAAAGACGACCACUGUCUUUGAACAUAGAUCGCUUUUCUCUAAGUGAUGGUCUACCUCUAAGUGAUGGUCUACUUCUAAGUGAUGGUCUACCUCUGUGUGAUGGUCUACCUCUUAGUGAUGGUCUACCUCUAAGUGAUGGUCUACCUCUGUGUGAUGGUCUACCUCUAAGUGAUGGUCUACCUCUGUGUGAUGGUCUACCUCUAAGUGAUGGUCUACCUCUUAGUGAUGGUCUACCUCUUAGUGAUGGUCUACCUCUUAGUGAUGGUCUACCUCUAAGUGAUGGUAUACCUCUAAGUGAUGGUCUACCUCUUAGUGGAUUGGUCUAGACCUCUAAGUGAGGUCUACCUCUAAGUGAUGGUCUACCUCUAAGUGCUGGUCUACCCUCUAAGUGAUUGGUCUACCUUCUAAGUGAUGGGUAUACCUUCUAAGUGUGAUGGUCUACCUCUUAGUGCUGGUUCCUAUAAGUGAUGGUCUACUCUGUGUGAUGGUCUACCUCUAGUGAUGGUCUCAACCUCUGGGUGAUGGUCUACCUCUAAGUGAUGGUCUACCCUUAGUGAUGGUUACCUCUUAGUGAUGGUCUACCUCUUAGUGAUGGUCUACCUCUAAGUGAUGGUAACUCGAAGUGAUGGUCACCUCUUAGUGAUGGUCCCUCUAAGUGAUGGUCACCUCAAGUGAUGGUAUACCUCUUAGUGAUGGUCUACCUCUUCGUGAUUUGGUCUACCUCUUAGUGAUGGUGGUCUACCUCUAAGUGAUGGUCUACCUCUGUGAUGGUCUACCUCUAAGUAUGGUCUCCUUGUGAGGUCACCUCUAAGGAUGUCUCCUUAUGAUGGUCUACCUCUUGAUGGUCACCUUGUGAUGGUUACUAAGUGAUGGUUCUCUAGUGAGUCACCUUAUGAUGCUACUCUAGGAUGUCACCUUAGUGAUGGUCUCCUCUAGUGAUGGCACCUUUAGUGUGGUCUAUUUAUGAUGUCUACUCAAGUGUGUCUCCUCUAAGUGUGGUCACCUUUUAGUUAAAGUGAGGUCUACCAGGAUGGUUCUCGAGGACUAGGGGUACUAGGAUUUCCCCGGUGACAAAGGAUGACUUGGAGUACUAGGAGGCCCUAGAUGAUUAAGUAUGUAAGGUUCUCCUAGUGAUGCUUUUAGAUGUUAUUUUUCACUCAAUAUGCCCUCUUAUGACCUUUAAACUCAGGUCUUAGUGUGUCCUAAUUCUACUUAUGAGUAUGAGGAGGAUCUAUAGUCACCCUAUAUUUCCCAGUGAGUCCAUGUACUUAGUGAGUUCCCUUCGGUGAUGCUUUGAUCACUUUGAUUUGUUAUUGUUACCCAUCUACCAAUCACUGCCCUUCUUUAUGAAGCUUUCAAAAAGCUCCCUGGUCUUUGUAGUUGAAUCUGUGCUUGAAAUUCAACACUUGACUGAGGUAUGGUGGACAGAGGAAGGGGUAGUCAAUAAAAAAUCAUGUCAACCCCUAUUAUUUCACACAGAGUGAGUCCAUGUAACUUAUUAUGUGAUUUGUUAUGCCAGAUUUUACUCUUGAACUAAUUUAGGCUAAACAAAGGGGGGUGAAUAUUAUUCAACAACUAUAUUAUAGUUAUUACAUUUUUAUAAAUGUGUCAACAAUUGUAUAUAUAUUUUUUUUAACAUUAUGGAGUAUUUUGUCUAGAUCAAUGACAAACAAUCACAGUUAAAUCUAUUUCAAUCCCACUUUGUAACGCAACGGGGGGGUGAAUACUUAUGAUACCCACUGUCGCUGUAUCUAAAUUAUAGUCUGCCUCUUCUUCUCAGUUGAAAAGACGACCACUGUCUUUGAACAUAGAUCGCUUUUCUCUAAGUGAUGGUCUACCUCUAAGUGAUGGUCUACUUCUAAGUGAUGGUCUACCUCUGUGUGAUGGUCUACCUCUUAGUGAUGGUCUACCUCUUAGUGAUGGUAUACCUCUAAGUGAUGGUCUACCUCUGUGUGAUGGUCUACCUCUAAGUGAUGGUCUACCUCUUAGUGAUGGUCUACCUCUAAGUGAUAGUCUACCUCUUAGUGAUGGUCUACCUCUAAGUGAUGGUCUACCUCUUAGUGAUGGUCUACCUCUAAGUGAUGGUCUACCUCUAAGUGAUGGUCUACCUCUGUGUGAUGGUCUACCUCUGUGUGAUGGUAUACCUCUAAGUGAUGGUCUACCUCUUAGUGAUGGUCUACCUCUAAGUGAUGGUCUACCUCUUAGUGAUGGUCUACCUCUGAGUGAUGGUCUACCUCUAAGUGAUGGUCUACCUCUUAGUGAUGGUCUACCUCUUAGUGAUGGUCUACCUCUAAGUGAUGGUCUACCUCUUCCUCCACGUUGAAAAGAUGACCACGGUCUUUGAACACAGAGAUGGGUUUUCUCCCAGGCACGGUAGCAGGCUGGACAAUAGAACGAGUCAAAAUUCACCCAAGGCUGAAAAACGGCAAUAGAACGUUGGCUAAGCUGGAACACUAGCGCGAGCCCAUAGCAAAUGAAUUGAAUGUAUUGUUCGCAGGGCCUCUUCUGACUGGAGUGAUGCUUUGAUCACUUUGAUUUGUUAUUGUUACCCAUCUACCAAUCACUGCCCUUCUUCAUGAAGCUUUCAAAAAGCUCCCUGGUCUUUGUAGUUGAAUCUGUGCUUGAAAUUCAAUACUUGACUGAGGUAUGGUGGACAGAGGAAGGGGUAGUCAAUAAAAAAUCAUGUCAACCCCUAUUAUUUCACACAGAGUGAGUCCAUGUAACUUAUUAUGUGAUUUGUUAUGCCAGAUUUUACUCUUGAACUAAUUUAGGCUAAACAAAGGGGGAUGAAUAUUAUUCAACAACUAUAUUAUAGUUAUUACAUUUUUAUAAAUGUGUCAACAAUUGUAUACUUUUUUUUUUAAACAUUAUGGAGUAUUUUGUCUAGAUCAAUGACAAACAAUCACAGUUAAAUCUAUUUCAAUCCCACUUUGUAACGCAACGGGGGGGUGAAUACUUAUGAUACCCACUGUCGCUGUAUCUAAAUUAUAGUCUGCCUCUUCUUCUCAGUUGAAAAGACGACCACUGUCUUUGAACAUAGAUCGCUUUUCUCUAAGUGAUGGUCUACCUCUAAGUGAUGGUCUACUUCUAAGUGAUGGUCUACCUCUGUGUGAUGGUCUACCUCUUAGUGAUGGUCUACCUCUUAGUGAUGGUCUACCUCUAAGUGAUGGUCUACCUCUGUGUGAUGGUCUACCUCUAAGUGAUGGUCUACCUCUGUGUGAUGGUCAACCUCUAAGUGAUGGUCUACCUCUAAGUGAUGGUCUACCUCUUAGUGAUGGUCUACCUCUAAGUGAUGGUCUACCUCUAAGUGAUGGUCUACCUCUGUGUGAUGGUCUACCUCUAAGUGAUGGUCUACCUCUUAGUGAUGGUCUACCUCUUAGUGAUGGUCUACCUCUAAGUGAUGGUCUACCUCUUAGUGAUGGUCUACCUCUAAGUGAUGGUCUACCUCUUAGUGAUGGUCUACCUCUAAGUGAUGGUCUACCUCUUAGUGAUGGUCUACCUCUUAGUGAUGGUCUACCUCUAAGUGAUGGUCUACCUCUAAGUGAUGGUCUACCUCUAAGUGAUGGUCUACCUCUAAGUGAUGGUCUACCUCUGUGUGAUGGUCUACCUCUUAGUGAUGGUCUACCUCUAAGUGAUGGUCUACCUCUUAGUGAUGGUCUACCUCUUAGUGAUGGUCUACCUCUGUGUGAUGGUCUACCUCUAAGUGAUGGUCUACUUCUAAGUGAUGGUCUACCUCUGUGUGAUGGUCUACCUCUAAGUGAUGGUCUACUUCUAAGUGAUGGUCUACCUCUGUGUGAUGGUCUACCUCUUAGUGAUGGUCUACCUCUAAGUGAUGGUCUACCUCUAAGUGAUGGUCUACCUCUGUGUGAUGGUCAACCUCUAAGUGAUGGUCUACCUCUGUGUGAUGGUCUACCUCUGUGUGAUGGUAUACCUCUAAGUGAUGGUCUACCUCUAAGUGAUGGUCUACCUCUAAGUGAUGGUCUACCUCUAAGUGAUGGUCUACCUCUAAGUGAUGGUCUACCUCUGUGUGAUGGUCUACCUCUUAGUGAUGGUCUACCUCUAAGUGAUGGUCUACCUCUUAGUGAUGGUCUACCUCUUAGUGAUGGUCUACCUCUAAGUGAUGGUCUACCUCUAAGUGAUGGUCUACCUCUUAGUGAUGGUCUACCUCUAAGUUAUGGUCUACCUCUUAGUGAUGGUCUACCUCUAAGUGAUGGUCUACCUCUUAGUGAUGGUCUACCUCUAAGUGAUGGUCUACCUCUAAGUGAUGGUCUACCUCUGUGUGAUGGUCUACCUCUAAGUGAUGGUCUACCUCUUAGUGAUGGUCUACCUCUUAGUGAUGGUCUACCUCUAAGUGAUGGUCUACCUCUUAGUGAUGGUCUACCUCUUAGUGAUGGUCUACCUCUUAGUGAUGGUCUACCUCUAAGUGAUGGUCUACUUCUAAGUGAUGGUCUACCUCUGUGUGAUGGUCUACCUCUAAGUGAUGGUCUACUUCUAAGUGAUGGUCUACCUCUGUGUGAUGGUCUACAUCUUAGUGAUGGUCUACCUCUAAGUGAUGGUCUACCUCUAAGUGAUGGUCUACCUCUGUGUGAUGGUCUACCUCUGUGUGAUGGUAUACCUCUAAGUGAUGGUCUACCUCUAAGUGAUGGUCUACCUCUAAGUGAUGGUCUACCUCUAAGUGAUGGUCUACCUCUAAGUGAUGGUCUACCUCUGUGUGAUGGUCUACCUCUUAGUGAUGGUCUACCUCUAAGUGAUGGUCUACCUCUUAGUGAUGGUCUACCUCUUAGUGAUGGUCUACCUCUAAGUGAUGGUCUACCUCUAAGUGAUGGUCUACCUCUUAGUGAUGGUCUACCUCUAAGUUAUGGUCUACCUCUUAGUGAUGGUCUACCUCUAAGUGAUGGUCUACCUCUAAGUGAUGGUCUACCUCUGUGUGAUGGUCUACCUCUUAGUGAUGGUCUACCUCUUAGUGAUGGUCUACCUCUAAGUGAUGGUCUACCUCUUAGUGAUGGUCUACCUCUAAGUGAUGGUCUACCUCUUAGUGAUGGUCUACCUCUAAGUGAUGGUCUACCUCUUAGUGAUGGUCUACCUCUAAGUGAUGGUCUACCUCUUAGUGAUGGUCUACCUCUUAGUGAUGGUCUACCUCUAAGUGAUGGUCUACCUCUAAGUGAUGGUCUACCUCUUAGUGAUGGUCUACCUCUAAGUUAUGGUCUACCUCUUAGUGAUGGUCUACCUCUAAGUGAUGGUCUACCUCUAAGUGAUGGUCUACCUCUGUGUGAUGGUCUACCUCUUAGUGAUGGUCUACCUCUUAGUGAUGGUCUACCUCUAAGUGAUGGUCUACCUCUUAGUGAUGGUCUACCUCUAAGUGAUGGUCUACCUCUGUGUGAUGGUCUACCUCUAAGUUAUGGUCUACCUCUUAGUGAUGGUCUACCUCUGUGUGAUGGUCUACCUCUUAGUGAUGGUCUACCUCUAAGUGAUGGUCUACCUCUUAGUGAUGGUCUACCUCUUAGUGAUGGUCUACCUCUAAGUGAUGGUCUACCUCUAAUUGAUGGUCUACCUCUUAGUGAUGGUCUACCUCUAAGUUAUGGUCUACCUCUUAGUGAUGGUCUACCUCUAAGUGAUGGUCUACCUCUUAGUGAUGGUCUACCUCUAAGUGAUGGUCUACCUCUAAGUGAUGGUCUACCUCUGUGUGAUGGUCUACCUCUAAGUGAUGGUCUACCUCUUAGUGAUGGUCUACCUCUUAGUGAUGGUCUACCUCUAAGUGAUGGUCUACCUCUUAGUGAUGGUCUACCUCUAAGUGAUGGUCUACCUCUUAGUGAUGGUCUACCUCUAAGUGAUGGUCUACCUCUGUGUGAUGGUAUACCUCUAAGUGAUGGUCUACCUCUAAGUGAUGGUCUACCUCUGUGUGAUGGUCUACCUCUUAGUGAUGGUCUACCUCUAAGUGAUGGUCUACCUCUUAGUGAUGGUCUACCUCUUAGUGAUGGUCUACCUCUGUGUGAUGGUCUACCUCUAAGUGAUGGUCUACUUCUAAGUGAUGGUCUACCUCUGUGUGAUGGUCUACCUCUAAGUGAUGGUCUACUUCUAAGUGAUGGUCUACCUCUGUGUGAUGGUCUACCUCUUAGUGAUGGUCUACCUCUAAGUGAUGGUCUACCUCUAAGUGAUGGUCUACCUCUGUGUGAUGGUCAACCUCUAAGUGAUGGUCUACCUCUGUGUGAUGGUCUACCUCUGUGUGAUGGUAUACCUCUAAGUGAUGGUCUACCUCUAAGUGAUGGUCUACCUCUAAGUGAUGGUCUACCUCUAAGUGAUGGUCUACCUCUGUGUGAUGGUCUACCUCUUAGUGAUGGUCUACCUCUAAGUGAUGGUCUACCUCUUAGUGAUGGUCUACCUCUUAGUGAUGGUCUACCUCUAAGUGAUGGUCUACCUCUAAGUGAUGGUCUACCUCUUAGUGAUGGUCUACCUCUAAGUUAUGGUCUACCUCUUAGUGAUGGUCUACCUCUAAGUGAUGGUCUACCUCUAAGUGAUGGUCUACCUCUGUGUGAUGGUCUACCUCUUAGUGAUGGUCUACCUCUUAGUGAUGGUCUACCUCUAAGUGAUGGUCUACCUCUUAGUGAUGGUCUACCUCUAAGUGAUGGUCUACCUCUUAGUGAUGGUCUACCUCUAAGUGAUGGUCUACCUCUUAGUGAUGGUCUACCUCUAAGUGAUGGUCUACCUCUGUGUGAUGGUCUACCUCUAAGUUAUGGUCUACCUCUUAGUGAUGGUCUACCUCUGUGUGAUGGUCUACCUCUUAGUGAUGGUCUACCUCUAAGUGAUGGUCUACCUCUAAGUGAUGGUCUACCUCUUCCUCCACGUUGAAAAGAUGACCACGGUCUUUGAACACAGAGAUGGGUUUUCUCCCAGGCACGGUAGCAGGCUGGACAAUAGAACGAGUCAAAAUUCACCCAAGGCUGAAAAACGGCAAUAGAACGUUGGCUAAGCUGGAACACUAGCGCGAGCCCAUAGCAAAUGAAUUGAAUGUAUUGUUCGCAGGGCCUCUUCUGACUAGAGUGAUGCUUAGAAUUCAAUUUUGCCUAAAUGGCACCAAAAAAAUGUAUCCCUUUUUAUUUUACCACUACAAUCUGUUCUUAAGACGAAACUGGAAAAAAACAACUCAUGUAGAAAGUAAACAUCCGCACUUCGAUGGUGUCAACUGUGCUUAUGUCUGCGUAAUGAAUUGAAAAUUACCUUUACAUUUCUAUCGCAAAAUCUGUAAGGCUUCAGCGCUACGGAUUGAAUAGAGCCCUUAGUCUUUCAGCAAGUGGCAGUGACACAUCAGUGAACACAUUUCAGUGUGAUUGAGAUUUGAUCAUAUUCAAUACAAUGCCUGUGUAUGUUAUAGCCCCAGUCAGAGGUUAUAGCCCCAAUCAGAGGUUAUAGCCCCAAUCAGAGGUUAUAGCCCCAAUCAGAGGUUAUAGCCCCAGUCAGAGGUUAUAGCCCCAAUCAGAGGUUAUAGCCCCAGUCAGAGGUUAUAGCCCCAGUCAGAGGUUAUAGCCCCAGUCAGAGGUUAUAGCCCCAGUCAGAGGUUAUAGCCCCAGUCAGAGGUUAUAGCCCCAAUCAGAGGUUAUAGCCCCAGUCAGAGGUUAUAGCCCCAAUCAGAGGUUAUAGCCCCAGUCAGAGGUUUAGCCCCAGUCAGAGGUUAUAGCCCCAAUCAGAGGUUAUAGCCCCAGUCAGAGGUUAUAGCCCCAGUCAGAGGUUAUAGCCCCAAUCAGAGGUUAUAGCCCCAGUCAGAGGUUAUAGCCCCAAUCAGAGGUUAUAGCCCCAGUCAGAGGUUAUAGCCCCAGUCAGAGGUUAUAGCCCCAAUCAGAGGUUAUAGCCCCAGUCAGAGGUUAUAGCCCCAAUCAGAGGUUAUAGCCCCAAUCAGAGGUUAUAGCCCCAGUCAGAGGUUAUAGCCCCAGUCAGAGGUUAUAGCCCCAAUCAGAGGUUAUAGCCCCAGUCAGAGGUUAUAGCCCCAAUCAGAGGUUAUAGCCCCAAUCAGAGGUUAUAGCCCCAGUCAGAGGUUAUAGCCCCAAUCAGAGGUUAUAGCCCCAGUCAGAGGUUAUAGCCCCAAUCAGAGGUUAUAGCCCCAGUCAGAGGUUAUAGCCCCCAAUCAGAGGUUAUAGCCCCAGUCAGAGGUUAUAGCCCCAAUCAGAGGUUAUAGCCCCAAUCAGAGGUUAUAGCCCCAAUCAGAGGUUAUAGCCCCAGUCAGAGGUUAUAGCCCCAAUCAGAGGUUAUAGCCCCAGUCAGAGGUUAUAGCCCCAAUCAGAGGUUAUAGCCCCAUCAGAGGUUAUAGCCCCAGUCAGAGGUUAUAGCCCCAAUCAGAGGUUAUAGCCCCAGUCAGAGGUUAUAGCCCCAAUCAGAGGUUAUAGCCCCAGUCAGAGGUUAUAGCCCCAAUCAGAGGUUAUAGCCCCAGUCAGAGGUUAUAGCCCCAAUCAGAGGUUAUAGCCCCAAUCAGAGGUUAUAGCCCCAAUCAGAGGUUUAGCCCCAGUCAGAGGUUAUAGCCCCAAUCAGAGGUUAUAGCCCAGUCAGAGGUUAUAGCCCCAAUCAGAGGUUAUAGCCCCAGUCAGAGGUUAUAGCCCCAGUCAGAGGUUAUAGCCCCAGUCAGAGGUUAUAGCCCCAAUCAGAGGUUAUAGCCCCAAUCAGAGGUUAUAGCCCCAGUCAGAGGUUAUAGCCCCAAUCAGAGGUUAUAGCCCCAAUCAGAGGUUAUAGCCCCAAUCAGAGGUUAUAGCCCCAGUCAGAGGUUAUAGCCCCAAUCAGAGGUUAUAGCCCCAGUCAGAGGUUAUAGCCCCAAUCAGAGGUUAUAGCCCCAGUCAGAGGUUAUAGCCCUAGAAAACCUCACUGCGAUGUAAAAGGAGCUAUAAAGUCAGCACAGAACAAGCAGGCAGUAUAAGCAACAACUAGGAUCCACUAGCUUCACAGAUUAAAGACUGUCUGUGAGAAUGUUCACACAUCUCCGUCACUCUAGAUGACAAUGUUUCUCAUUUACAAGGAAGUGCUGGGUUGUUUUGACACAUAGGAAGAAUAUCUGAAAUCUGGAUUAAAAAUCGGUGUGACAAGGCUUUUGGAGAAAUGAAAUUCAAAUUAGAUUGUUGGCUAUUAAAUGUAUUCUUCUGGUGGCCUUUCACUCUGCAGUCUGAGAAGAAGAGUCAGAACUGGACGAUGUAAAUCACUGUUUAUUAGCUCACACAACAUAACAUCGUUAUGAGGCAACAAACAAUCUAAAUAGCUUUCUUUAAAUGUUGAGCCUCAACACUCUGUCCUUGAUACUCUGGGAUUCUCAAUGUCAACCAAGAACAUCCAAGUAGUAAAAAGUUGAACAUCAGUUUACUUGAUGAAUGAGCCCUUCAAAUGAGGGAAGCCAUCUUGAUUUAAAAGCCUGCUGUCUUUGGAUUUGUCUGAGGCCUAGUGUCCUUUAUGAUUGCACCCACUUUGAAGUUAAUUUGAGAAACAAUUUACUUCAUACAUGAAAGAUAGAAAUCUUCAAAGGUCUGGGGAGGCUUUUGGGUUGUUUUUUAACCCCCACUAGUUGCUCUAGGCAGGGGAGCUAUGUUUGAGGGAGACCCAGUCACUGCUGGUUCAGAGAGGCCUUAACCUUCCUCCUACACUGGGAGAAGACAGACAGCCAGCUCCAUAGCUCUCCUUUCUCCACAAUGGAUGCUUAGCUCUGACAUGCUCAAUCCCUCUGACUGUGUUGUUCUCAACUCAAAUUCAACUGCAAUAUUUGAACUGCACCAUUGUGGACAAUGAAUAUGCUUAAAUAGAAUGUCACAAAGGUUUUGUAACAAAGUUUUCCAUGCUCUCCCAUAAGUAAGCAAGCGAGACAGAGAUCGAUGUAUUUAUGUUUUAGAAGGAUUCAAAUGGAAUGGGCCAGUACUGCCAGAAAACUGCUCACAUUUUUUUUGACAAAAGAUUUUAGAGCUGCUAACCUCAAGUGCUGUUUGGUUAUCCCUUUAUUUAUGUAUAAGUCAAACGUUUCUGUCCAACACUUCUUAAAUAAAACCUAUAGCUGGAUGUAAUUUCAGUCACAAGACAAUAAUUUACAGAAAACACAGGCCUAAAUUACAGUGUGCCAUGCUGGCAUAGAAGGGAAAGCUGAAAGCCUACAAAUGGCUGUUGAGGCGUGUGAAACAAGAAGUCGUACAAAGACUAUCUCUCUCUGAUGGUACCAACUUCAGAUGAGAAACAGACGUUUCACAUCGAGGCAGGUCAUUUAGUCAUCAGAGGCCUCUGCAUAACACAUGUCAUCAAUUAAUACCACACACUAGAUAAAACGUGUUACUCCUCACAGCAUCAGUCAGUAAGACAACUCCACUGAUAAGCACUUCAUUUGGCCGGAAUUAGGAAAAAUGCUGUUUCUUUUAUAAUCUAGUUUUAGGACGACUGAAGCAGAAUUAUAGAUGUUCGUUUUACAGACACUCAACAGGCCCCGGCCUUUUUAUUCCACGGAAGAUACAUGUUUAUCUGUGUUAUGAGAACCGUGAUUCUCCAUCCAGCACCACAGUGACGUGGCCAAGCUGGAAACAUAAACUGGGCCUGCAUCCCAAAUGGCACCCUAUUAUCUACAGAGUGCCCCAUGGGCCCUGGUUAACAGUAGCACACUAAAUAGGGAAUAGGGUGUCAUUUGGGAUGCAGACAUGACAUCAUUCAGAUCUUUAGUACUCCUAAUGACGUAUUACAUCAUGUGUAUGUAUAGUAUACUGUAGUACUGCACACCUGAUGGAAACCAACUGCCUAAUCCUCCCCUUAAAGUAGCACCACCUCUGCAUAGGUCUUGUGUGACACAUGCGUAAUAAAUCUGCACUUGGUGAGUACUGUAUUUUCUUUUAGAUGUAACUCUAGGAACAUGGAUGGCCAUUAGAUAACAUAUUUAUCAAGGAGCUGGAGAUUAUCACUUCUGUCUGUGUGUCUAUAGUGAUGAGGACUCCUAAUGCCGUGCCCAUUUCAUUAAAAACAACCUACUGCCGUUUCACUCCAUCCAAUAUCUUCUCUCUCUCCCUUCCUUUGCCAAGAUGCUCGUCAUUAUUUUUUUGCUGCACUUUAAAUUGAAUCAUCACUUUAGUUGCCCAGAACCAACCGCCUGCCUUUUUUUCUCUUCUUUACAGUUGGUCCUGGAAAGUGGCCUCUAAGAAAUGUAUGACACAGCUCCUUUGAUUUGGAGGUCUAAUCAGAGAUUUUUAAUAUAUUCUCUGAUAUGAGAUUGUAUCGUAGCCAUAUGAAAACGAGUCAAUUUGCAUCAAGGAAAAAAAGCUUUCCUUUUGAACGUUCAUUUAUCUAAUAUAUAUUUUUCAUUUCAACUGCCAAGGUUUAAUCUUUGAAUUCAUUGUAGGAACCAUAAGCUCAUUUUUGCAAAGUGUAAGGCUGGAUUUAAACUGCUAACAUUUCCUGACAGUAGGCUUCAGUACUGCUGCAAAUAGGACACAUUGGAGAGGACAAAUGCUUCCUUAUUAUUUGUGCUUCAUUCGUCAAUUAAUUUAACCAUUUGAUUUUCAGCUAAGUCAUUGAUCACUCAUAUAUUUUAAAUAAUUUAAUCCUUGUCUUUGCAGGGGUUAUUCGUGAGAGUUACCAGAAGGGGCGUGAUCAGCUGGUCCCUGUCACACUGCUGGCCAUCGCUGUCAUCUUGGCCUUCGCCAUGGGCGCCAUCUUCUCCGGUAUCCUCGUCUACUGUGUGUGUGACCACCGGCGGCGAGAUGUUGAGCUGACCAGGCGUAAGGACAAGGACAACGUCCACGAUAGGAGGGGAUCCAUGAACAGCGUGACCAAGCUGACGGGUCUGUUUGAGACCGGGGUCAAGGACGGUCACCCAGAGGCCAUCCUCACCCCGCUCAUGCACAACGGCCGCCUCACCAACGGCAAGAUGCUGAUCAAAGCCGACCAGCACCACCUGGAACUGGCCGGCAUGCCCACUCCAGAGUCCACCCCCAUGCAGCCUCGGCGCAAGCCCAGCCGGGGAAGCCGCGAGUGGGAGAGGAACCAGAAUCUGAUCAACGCCUGCACCAAGGACCUGCCGCCCAUGGGCUCCCCAGUCAUCUCCACUGACCUGGCCCUGAGGGCAUCCCCGGGCCACAUCCCCAGUGUGGUGGUGCUGCCCCUGCCCCAGCCCCAGCACCAGCACCAGAAGGCCUACCAGCAUGAGUACGUGGAGCAGCCCCACCGCAGCGACCUCAGUCAGUUGAGCCUGGACGACCAGGGGGCCACGCUGGAGUACAAGGCCCUGAAGAGCCCCUGCCACAGCCUUAACCUGGUGGAGAGCGAUGGUCUGCCGCCUCGAGUGCCCCAGAGGGAGGCCUCCCUCACCAUCCCACCCGCCGUGCCGCAGAUGGGCAAGCGGCUGGAGGUGCACUCCUCUGUCUAUGGCCACGAGUUCAAGCGAGGCUACCCGAUGGGUGCCCAGAAAGGCUCUGCCCUCAAAAAGCACAACACCAACUCGUCCAACUCCUCCCACAUGUCCAGAAACCACAGUUUUACCGCGUGGAGAUGCCGCCCCCCGCCCCACAGAGGGUGGACUCCAUGCACAUGA